UAAUUUAUUUAUUCUAUUUAAAAGCUGUUCAUUUCAAUCUAAAGUUUAUAUAAAAAAUAAAUUUUAAAUUAUAUAAUAUAUCAAAAGAAUAACAUAUACAUUUCUUUUAUUUAUGUACGAGGAGUUAUUGUACAUUGAAAGAAAUUAUUUACAAGAGCCUUUACUUCUAUUCUGAACCGCAAAGUAGAUUCUACUAUACAGUGCAUUAAAAAAGAGGGGGUAUCAUCAAGACCUCCAAUCAGACAUAAAAGCUGACAUUUUAUUAAAUAUUUCAGUCUGAAACUUUACCAGUUCGAGAAAAGUGCUUUAGCUCUUCUAAUUUUGACACUGACCUUUAACUAUUCAAAUUCUAAAUUUAAUAGUUAAUCCAGGUCAAAUAAUAAAUUUAUAAAUAAAGUUUAAAAAGAAUUUGUAUAAUAUAAUAUAUAAAAUGCCGGGUCAAUCAGAAGCACUAAAGAAAGCGACAUUUGGAAUGGGUUGUUUUUGGGCAUGUGACGCUCUUUUUGGAGUAGUUCCAGGUGUAACAAGAACACGUGUUGGAUAUGCCGGUGGCACUAAGCCAUCUCCAACAUACAAAAACAUAGGUGAUCAUACUGAAGUCAUUGAAAUUGAAUAUGAUCCGAGUGCGGCAUCUUUUUCUCAAUUACUGGGUCUAUUUUGGAAUAAUCAUGAAUAUGGAUUGACAAGAAAAAUAAAAACACAGUAUGCUUCAUUAAUUCUGUACCAUGAUGAAGAGCAAAAAAUAGAGGCACAAAAAUCUCUUAAUGAAGAACAAAACAAACGGGGAACAACUUUUACCACGCAAAUUAAGAAAUUCGAUAAAUUUUAUCCUGCUGAAGACUAUCAUCAAAAAUAUCGUUUACAGUUGCACACUUCUCUUAUUGAAGCUCUUGGUAUCGCAAAAGCUUCUGAUCUUCAUACACCAUUAGCUACAAGAUUAAACGGUUACGUAGCGGGAGCUGGAUCACUUGAGCAAUUCGAUAAUGAUCCUAUUUGUAAAACACUUAAUGAAAAACAGUAUGACUAUGUCAAGAAAUGUGUAAUUGAUAAUCAGGGAACAGGACUGUACUGCUAAUGAUUCACAAAUUUCUUGUCCAAUUUUAAACUUCUUAUAUUUCGAUAACAAUUAUUAAUGUUAAGAAUGUUUAAAAAGGCUGUGAAGUUUUGAAAACAAAAAUUUUUAUUCACUAUUAUUAAAAAUUUUUCUACUUUUUUUUUGUUUCUUUGAAAUAAUGUUCUCAAAGCCUAAAAUAUAAUACGUUAUAAAGCAACAGAUUUUAAUUUGCAAAUAAUAUUUUUACACUUAUGCUAAAUUGUAAACAAACAAUAUUUUUCAACCUUCAAUAUGUUAUCUUUAAAAAAUUUCCAACUAAAAUAAUAAUUUAAAAUUUAUAAAUGUAAAAAAAAAAAAAAAAAAAAAACAAUUAUUCAAGUAUAUUGCCAACUUUAUUUAAUUUUUCAACCGUAUCGAGUACAAAUAC